GCACCAUUUUUAUAAUAGUUUCGACCACACCAGAACAAACGUGUAAUACAAAUACCGGCACUGUCCAAAAAGCCUCCAUUUCCAAAUACUCUUUUCAAUGAUUCAGUCAAAAACAACUCUCUGAGAAUAAGUUUCAGACUCAGAAAACCCCAAAAUUCAAUUCAAGCUUUCAUCUUUUCGAUUUCCCAUGAUGCAUAAGUGGACCAAGAAGAAAACCCACUUCCCUUUACUCGCAUUGCUCUUCUUCGUCUUCAUCGUUUUCUCCAUUCUUCACUACGAGCGCAGCAUUCUCCAAAUUCAAGAAGACCAAGAUCAUAUUCACCAUGAUCAUAACCACCAUCAUCACUCUCCUUUCACCUUCGUAAAACCCAAUCUCGCUAGACUUCAGAGUCGAACUCCAGAGAUUCUUGAUCGAUUCAGUAGAUGUAACUCUACACGUGAGUACAGUCGCCGGAAAAUUGAGUGGGCUGGUGUGAAGGAGAAGACCAGUCGCCGGAGAAAGACUUCGGAGAGCUGUGACGUGUUUUCAGGCAAAUGGGUAUACGACAACAGUUCUUACCCGCUCUAUCAGGAGUCGGAGUGUCCGUACAUGUCUGACCAGUUGGCUUGUCACAAACAUGGGAGGAAUGAUUUGGACUAUCAGUACUGGAGAUGGCAACCCCAUGGAUGCAAUUUGAAGAGGCUAAAUGCAACUGAAAUAUGGGAGAAGUUAAGAGGGAAAAGGCUUAUGUUUGUAGGGGACUCAUUAAACAGAGGACAAUGGAUAUCAAUGGUGUGUUUAUUACAGUCAGUAAUACCUGAAGAUAAAAAAUCAAUGUCACCAAAUGCCCCUCUUACCAUUUUCAGAGCAGAGAAUUAUAAUGCAACUAUAGAGUUUCUUUGGGCACCGCUGCUUGCGGAAUCAAACUCUGAUGAUCCGGUGAAUCACAGACUCGAUGAAAGGAUAAUUCGUCCGGAUACAGUUCUUAAGCAUUCAUCACAGUGGGAGCAUGCUGAUAUUUUGAUUUUUAACACAUACUUGUGGUGGAGACAAGGUCCAGUUAAGCUGUUAUGGAGUUCUGAUGAAAGUGGAAUUUGUGAAGAGUUAGAUGGUGUUGGUGCCAUGGAGUUGGCUAUGGAAGCUUGGGCAGAUUGGGUUGCUACUAAAGUUGAUCCUCGCAAGAAGCGCCUCUUUUUCGUUACAAUGUCUCCUACACAUCUAUGGAAUAGAGAAUGGAGCUUAGAGGAUGAAGGUAACUGCUACAAUGAGAAAACUCCUAUCGAAAUGGAGAGUUACUGGGGAAGUGGUUCCGAUAUUCCUACUAUGCGAAUGGUAGACAGAAUCCUUGACAAGCUAAGCUCAAAGGUCUCAGUUCUCAACAUAACUCAACUCUCGGAUUACAGAAAAGACGGGCACCCCUCGAUCUUUCGAAAGUUUUGGGAGCCUCUGAAACCUGAGCAAUUGGCUAACCCUCCAAGUUACUCUGAUUGUAUACAUUGGUGCUUGCCUGGUGUACCUGAUGUGUGGAAUGAGUUGCUCUUCCAUUCUUUGUAAAAAAAAAAAAAAAUUACAAAACAAAACUAAAAAUGUACAUUUUGUAAAACAUUCUUUGAAGGCUAAAAUUCAAUGGGAAAAAUGAUUCAACUCUCUA